UUGCCAAACUCCCCAGACCCUAACCUAUUUGGGGUUUUGUAAAUUUGUAAUAAAUUUGGAAUAUUUGGAUUGUUCACUUCUCAGAGUUAACGUUAACGUAAAGUGACAGUGUUAUAUGUGUGUAUAUAUCUUACAUGAAAGAAUUGUUCUAAGGAAUUAUUUACUGUUAUUUAAAUAACUGGUCAACUUAAAAUUCACCAAUUCUUUAACUUAAGUUAACACUUGUUAACAAAGUAAAUGGUUAAGUGAGAACUUUAGAACUUUUAUUGAAUGAUAAAAAUCAGUAUUUAUUUAGGAGGAUCAUCAAAAUGGAACCAAUUCCUGGUAUUCUGGUAGUUAGUUGUGACAGUAAUACGGAACCAUCUAUAAUAGCAAAGAAAAUCUUUGAUAAAGAAGGACUCCCGUUUAACGCUCAAACUACAGAAGGCAUAGACUCAUAUCCAUGGCAUAUCAGUACCAAGUAUUAUGAAACUGACGUUACUUUGUACACUCUACCCACAAAAAUGUUACUACCUCAAAGUUUGGCUGAUGGAGUACAGGCUGUCAUAAUAUAUUUUGACAGUUUGCAGAAAAAUGGACUGGAAGUGGUAGAGAGCUGGAAUUCUUUUUUGAAAGACUACGAAGUUGACAUUAGCAUUCUGCUUUGCAACCGAUGCAAUGACUGUGGCGUCUCCAAACUUUCAGCACUAGAGUGGUGUGUACAGCAUGGGUUCGAGUUGGUAGAACUGGAUCCAGAAGUUGAUGAGGAGUGGGAAGCCGAACAAGAUUUUGUAGAAACAACUGGAAUCAAAAGAGUCGUCCAAGCUUUGCACGCACAUGUCUGGCCCAACCUAACUCUCAAAGACAGAAAAGAGCCAACAUCAAUGUCAGCUCUUCUUCACGGAGGUCAGGCAAGUGGUGAGAUCAUCGGAGAUUCACUAAUACUAGACACUCUACCUGCCGAACUUGCCGAAGGAAACAUCGAAGACAGACUGGAUGAGCUGUUGGGAUGUGAGUCAGAGACGGAUUUCUAUCAGCUGUUUGGAGAACUGCAGACGAUGAAAGAGCGAAUGUCAGCUCUACCCAAUGAUCAGAGGAAGGCGUGUGCAGAACAGGUCGUGUUAGCAUUCUGGCGUGCAAUUGGAGGGGAAGCAGAAGAAGUUGAGCCUGAUCUACCAACAACGUAGUGUUUUGACACCUCGUAGUGUUACUAACUUGGAAGUUCAGUCUACCCAAGUUUCGUCAUUCUCAACCUAAUAAAAUAGUGUGGCUGUGUUGGAAUAUAAAAGUAUGAUUUUGUAAUAUUCUUUAAUUUUAUAAAUGGGUCGAUUCUGAAACUCUCUUGAGUGAUGCUGAAAUUUAAAUAAAAAUCAAUCUCCACCUGUGUCUUUUGUUGGCUAGCCAACUAGAACUCCUUUGUUCAACGUUUGUAAUCAAACAGCUCAUUGAUAUCGCAACAACUUUGCUGAUCAAAAACCUGUAGAAUACUGCAGCCAAUUGCUGGUGGCGUACAUCCCCGCAACAACCCCCAAAAUAAAGGAGAGUGCCGAGGUCCAGGGAGCACUGAGGUCCGACAGUCGCAGCUCACCGCAAUCGCCAAUAAAGGUGUUGUUUCGGUGACUGCGGGCACAGUUUUUGCUGAGAUAAAGAAUAGAAUAAAAUAGCUUACUUCCCUAUAGGGAAAUUCGCGAACAAGUGGUGCUGU